CCAGCGGUUCCGUCUGUGUCUGUCCCACAGCUGGGCGAUCGAUCUUGUUUCAACGCCUAACAACAAUAUGCUCCGAUUGCUGAUCGGAGAAGUCAAGUUGAUCUCCGAUGGUUUAUUCCGAUGCGCGGGCGGCGUCAAAUACUUGUCGACGAGUGCAGGUGGUAAAAGGCUAGAAGGCAUGGUGGCCCUAAUAACAGGGGGUGCAAGUGGGCUUGGUAAGGCCACGGCCAUUGAGUUCAUCCAACAUGGGGCGCAAGUCGUGAUUGCUGAUAUUGAUUCCCAACUUGGGCCGCAAGUCGCCAAAGGCCUGGGCUCUGAAGCUCACUUUGUCCAAUGCAAUGUUGCCAUUGAGUCCGAAUUAGCUGAAGCUGUAAAUAUUACAGUAGCACGCUAUGGAAAACUGGAUAUCAUGUACAACAAUGCCGGAAUUGUAGGCGCUGCUGUUCCACCCAGCAUUGCUGAUGUUAACCUAGAUGAGUUUGACCGGGUUAUGCGGAUCAACGUUCGGGGAAUGAUGGCAGGGAUUAAACACGCGGCCCGGGUUAUGAUCCCUGCAGGGUCGGGCUCAAUUCUAUGCACUGCUAGUAUAAGUGGGCUCCUGGGUGGGCUUGGUUCUCAUCUGUAUACUGUAUCAAAAUUUGCCAUACCAGGGAUUGUGAAGUCUGUGGGCAGCGAGCUAUGUAGACAUGGAGUGAGGAUCAACUGCAUUUCACCUGCUCCAAUUCCAACGCCACUCGUGGUGGAGCAGCUAGCAGGAUUAUUGGGUGGUGCUACCGAAGAACAAAUUGUGGAGAUUGUGAAUGGGUGGGGUGCACUGAAGGGGGCCAAGUGUGAAGAGUUCGAUGUGGCCCGGGCUGCCUUGUAUUUGGCAUCGGAUGAAGCUAAAUAUGUGACUGGUCAUAACCUAGUUGUGGACGGAGGAUUCACUAGCUUUAAAAAUCUUGAAUUCCCUCCAAAUCCAAAUGCGUAGCUAGGAAUAGGA